AAAUCUCACUGACAAUUUGAGCAUUGUGGUGUGCAAACAUGUUGUGGCAUGGAACAAAAUUUUUGCCAACAAUUUUCAUAAUUGUAUUUGGAUUUUUCCACUUCAAACAAUUUGCGGUGCAGGCAGCACCAGGAUGUGAUGGUGAUUGCCUAGAGGAGAAACUAAACGAAAUUUUGUCAAAAUUGAAAACACUAAAUGGAAAAGUGGCCAACCUAACACCGCAACCGGAAAUCGAACCGUCAGCAGCUUGUAUACAUGCUCCUCAUGCACAUCGUAAGCAGCAUGCAGCAGACAACCUUCAAGAUGUCGAGUCGCAGCACCAACUUCACCAACGCGCUUACACUUUACAAUCAGCGCGCGGUUCCACCUCCGCAGGCGUCAGCAGCAGUCAACACAAAUGUUCCGAGCGUUUGGCACAAAUUUGUCAAACUAGCGGUGUUAGUGAAAUUCAACUUGACGAUGCGAAAGUACCAGCUUUCAAGGUGCUCUGCGAUGCUGAGCGUUGGAUAGUCGUCUUGCAGCGUUUCGAUGGCUCUGUUGCCUUUCAUAAUCUCACUUGGGAUUCUUACAAGCAGGGUUUUGGUAAUGUUGGUGAAAAUAGUGAGUUCUUCUUGGGCUUGCAGCGUCUACACGAGCUCACAUUUAGUGGAUUCUUCGAAUUUCGCAUUGACUUGGAGGAUUUCAAAGGUUUAAAGAAAUAUGCGCACUACAGUGAUUUCAGCGUCUUCAAUGAACGUGCCGCCUACAAGUUGGGCAUAUUAGGCGUCUAUCAUGGCACAGCUGGCGAUUCGUUUAUGUACCACGAGGGUCAGCAGUUCAGUGCCGUGGAUCGUGACAAUGAUGCCAAAUCGCAGGGUAGCUGCAGUGAGGAGUACAAUAGUCCGGGUUGGUUUAAGAAUUGCAUGGAAGCUAAUAUUUUUGGUAACUACUUGCAUGGUGAGAAUGACAAAUUCAAGGAGGGUAUGUAUUGGGAAACUUUUCAUGGUCCCGAAUAUUCGCUCAAGCAGGUCAAGAUGGCUGUGCGUGCGAAGUGCUAAAUUUUUAAGUGUAAAUUUGAGUGUUUCACGAUUAAACAAAAGAAAAAAAAAGAAUUAUAAAUAUGUACAUAUGUAUGUGUAUUAUUUAAAAAAGUAGAAUGCAGUCAGGAGAGUAAAUUAUGCUGCUAUUUUAUCAAAACUUUCAUACAGCGUUAACUUAGAGUGAAAUAUUGCUAAGGUGACUUUUUAUGAAAAAAUCAAGAACGGAAAAUAAUCAUAAUUUUU